AUGAUGAAAUUGGAACAACAUUAUAAGAUCAAGACAAUGUAUCCAAAAAUUGUCAGAAAAAUUCAAAUGCAGGAGAACAUAAUUGCCCGGACACACGAGAACGGACAUUGGGCAUCAGACAAGACCCUAAGACAGAUCCAACAACAUUAUUUCUGGCCAGAAAUGAACAAGCAGAUUCUGAGUUACAUAGAGGGAUGCCCAACCUAUGCGAACAAAAACAAUGAAAGAAGAAUUCGGGCAGACGCGGUAAUAAUAGCACAAGCCAAAUCUCCGUUCGAAAUAUUGAACGCAGACAAAUUGACGUAUGAAGGGAAAAAUUUCCUACUACUAGAGGACAGCCUCACAAGAUACAUCUGGUUAAUACUCUUAAAAACGGAAGAUGGGCACACCGCACUAUAUCAAUUCCUGCACGCCAAUCCAACCCCGACAAAAAUCAUAACCGAUAAUGAACCUUAA